AUGGGCCGGACCGCGUUGCCAGACAUGACGGGCCACAAUGUACCAGCCCAUGCCAGUGCCACGCUUCACAUCUGGAGGCGCCUACGCGAUCUCAAGGCCAAGAGCAGCCCCAUCAUCCUCGACGGAAACAGCCUCGACAUUGCUGCCAUUGUCGCCGUCGCCCGCCAUGAUGUCAAGCCAACUAUCAGCACUGACCCUCGCCUCGCGCACCAGCUCGACCUCAGCGUCGAUGCGUUGGCCGCGUACCUCUCCCACAAAUGGGUCGUGUAUGGCGUCAACACGGGCUUUGGCGGCAGCGCGGACACGCGGACCGACGAUAUGAUCGACUUGCAGAUUCACCUCUUGCAGCACACUCAGAGUGCAAUCAUCACCACCGCUGACAAAGACCCCGCUGCCAACUCGGAGCGUGAGCCCUCCCGGACCAUGCCGCCCGCCUGGAUCCGUGCUGCCAUUGUCGCCCGCGCCAACCAGAACCUGAGGGGCCACAGUGCCGUACGCAUAGAUGUUCUCCGGAGCCUGCUUGACCUCCUGCAUCACGACAUCACGCCACUCGUACCGCUGAGGGGAACCAUUUCCGCAUCGGGAGAUCUGAUGCCCAUGUCAUACAUUGCCGGAGCCGUCACCGGCAACCCGGAUGUCUUUGUCCAGGUUGGCCGGGGUAAAAAGGCCCGUGUUAUCCCGUCGUCUGAGGCAUUGCGUGAGAGCGGCCUCUCGCCUUCCGGCCUUGGGCCCAAGGAGGCUCUGGGCUUGAUCAAUGGCACGGCCCCAUCGGUGGCAGUGGCUAGUCUGGUCCUGUACGACGCCCAACAGCUCACCUUGUUGGCCCAAAUGCUCACUGCCUUUGCCGCGGAGUGCCUGGGAGGCAACGUCGAGUGGGUUCAACCCUUCAUCCAUGCCAUCCGGCCUCACCCUGGACAAAUCGAGGCGGCAACCAAUAUCCGGCGCUUCCUUAAGGGGUCCGAGUUCGUGGUUGGACUGGAGUCGAGGAAGCGGACCGGCGACGGACUCUGGCAGGACCGCUACUCCACGAGGACGGCGCCGCAAUGGAUUGGCCCGUAUCUCGAGGACCUGCUCCUCGCGCAGAAGCAGCUGGAGGUUGAACUGAACUCCACCUCCGAUAACCCAUUAGUAGACGCUGUUGAACGGAACGGCGUCGCGUCUGGGGAGGUCUACUCCGGAGGCAACUUCCAGGCCGUCGUCGUCACCUCCGCCAUGGACAAGACCCGUCUUGCCCUUCAGAUGAUCGGACGUAUGCUCUGGUCGCAGGUCACCGAGAUCAUCAACCCAUCAACGAACAACGGUCUUGAGGCAAACCUCAACGCGAGCGCUCACGAGAAUUUCACCAUGAAGGGCAUCGACGUCAACAUGUCUGCUUACAUGUCCGAGUUGGCCGCACUUGCCCAUCCUGUCUCCUCUCACGUCAUGUCAGCCGAGAUGCACAAUCAGGGCAUUAACUCGCUAGCCCUCAUAUCGGCGCGGCGUACCAUGGAAGCGGUGGACCUGCUGGCACAUAUGAGCGCCUGCCACCUCUACGUGUCAUGCCAGGCUGUGGACAUGCGGGCUAAUCACGUUCGAUUCUUGACUUCGCUCUGCGAGAGUGUGUUGCCCGAUGACACUACGAACGGCGCGCUUUAUGGUCUUGGGCUACAGAAAGGGCAGACUGAGGCACUGGCAACAUCACUUCUUCCGGUCAUCCAGUCAACAUGGUACAACUGGAACUCCAAUACGUGGAAGGACCGCAUUCCCUACGUAGUGGAAGCCGUCGUCGGCCCCGUCACCGACUUCCUGGCGGCGAACGAAGUGGACUGUUCGGUAUCAGCACUGGCAGGGUGGAAGAAGCAUUUUGAGCGUACCAUUUCCGCCUCGGCUGCGGCCAAGUUCUACCCAAGCCCGACGAUCCCGACUGCGGAAGUGGCAGCGCAAUUGGGUGAGGGAACCGCGCAACUGUACAAUUGGGUGCGAACAAAGCUCAACGUACCCCUGCAUUGCGGGAUCGACGACGACCCCCUAUACAAUGCUCGCAAGGGCUUGCCCACAGAAGACAAGAAGACAAUUGGGAGCUGGGUCACCAUGGUGUAUGAGAGUUUGCUUAGAGGCGGCAUGAUGGACAUGGUUUUAGAGGGCCUCGAGAACCCACAGGGGCACACAAACGGCAUCGCAAAUGGGGCCAAGACUGACACUACAAAUGGCAAUGCGAACGGUGUUGCGAAUGGUAGCACGGGCAACCUAGAACACCCGGAAAACCUGCACGAGAAGGCGGAAGAACCUUGA